UUAACUGAACGAACAUACUUGCAGUAAUAAUAUUUUAUCGUUGAAGAAUGCAUGCUCAUAAUACUUCUGCUAAAUCUACUACUACUACUACUACUACUACUACUACUACUACUACUACUACUACUACUGCUACUAAAAAUGAUACAAUUAUUCAUCUUCUAUCUGAUAGAAUGCGAAGUCCUAUUGGAAUUUUCCAAUGUACAUCUUCAAUAAGGGUGCCAUAGAAUUCACUUCUCUUCACACAAGAUCCACUAAGGUUUUAUCACCAGCGCGCCAAAAGUAUUACUUCCCGUUGCGAAAGAGCGGAGAAAGUGUGCCGUAAGUACCCCUGAAAACCCCUGUAAAAUCGGCCUGCCAAUUUAUCUCAAGCUAUAACACAACAAUGCAUACACAGCUCUAUCAUCAGAAAUAAAUGUUGAUUAGAUUAUGCCCGCUGGAGAGUGGCAGGCAGUGGCAGGCACAUAUUUCUCAUAACAGUAUAAUCAAAAAUGUGUAAAAAUGACAAGAUAUUUGAACUUGCGAGACAAUAUGAAUGAGACAAUUGAAUGAGACGCAUAUUUAAGCGAGGAAGCUCGAUCAGGGGGAAUAACUAACCAAUAAUUACAAUAAUUAUGCAGAAGGAACGAUUUCAAACAAAAAAAUCUCUACGAGACGAAAGCCACGUCUCUUGUCGCACCGUUUCGCUUAAUCAGUUUAAAUCAUUUAAAGCACUAACGGAGAAGGCUUUAUGCUGAUAUUAGGAAUGCCUGUUGCUGAUCCCUGCACUUCAGUGAUCAUAACUUGUAGGCAAUUGUCUACUCAGACCUGUUGCUUCUCAGGGAAAAUGAUAUAAAAGCAGAUCCGAGAGAAGAUCGGGACGUUGUUUUUUCCGGACCUCUUUCGACAGACACUCUUUUUUGACGAUAUUCUGUUACAUUCCUGGACACUGGUUGAAUUCGACGAAAUUAACAAGUGUACGUGCGUGUGUGCGCGUGUAUGUUCAAACAGAAAAAUGUUUUGGCAAAUCGGUAAAGUGGGUGCAUUGCAGAUCCUAAUGCUUGCUUCAGUACAUCUCAUUAGAUACGCAGAAUGUAUAGCUGAUCAUGAUAUAGAGAUUCCAGGACAACAGCGUAUCCUAUCAUACCGUACUAAAGUGAGUCGAUGUGAGAUGCAUUAAACGCGCACUAGUCCACAUUUACAUAAGCUACCUUUCAGGAGUGUUCCGGUUAUUGUGUGAUGUAUAACCUAUGCCAAGACAACAAGAUCAUCCCCCCCGAUACCGGAAAGAUCUUCCCACCUGCUCACAAAGAGCCCGAAUGUCCACAUCCAUGGCUUGUGUGCUGUAAAAAACGCCCCAAUCGAAACAGACCUCCAACGAGCACGAUCGAGCCACCCUUGCCGGUCACUGGUGAAGUAUCAGAUCGAUCAACCUGUGGCUUCCGUAGCAGGAAAAACUUGUUCCCAUGGGCGGUGAUCAUUUACCGGGAGGAGCGGGACUUCCCGGAAAAUAAACUGUUCUACGAGUGUGGUGGUUCCUUGAUCGCACCGAAGUUUGUCCUCACGGUGGCCCUUUGCGUGCAUGACAAGCAGCAGGAGCAACUCGUGGUACGCGCGGGCGAAUGGGCUGCACAGAGUGCGCAAUACAGCUAUCAGGACCGUCGAGUGGCCCAGCUCUUCACACAUAUGGGGAUUAUGUACCGCCCAUUGGUAAACGAUCUUGUCCUGGUCUACCUCUCCGAACCGUUCCAGCUGGCGGACAACAUACAACCGAUCUGUUUCCCGCCGAAGGGAACACACUUAGAUAGGUACGAUUGUUUCACGGUCGGUUGGGGCAUCGUGCCAUCCCGCGGCGUACCCUGGUAUCAGGCGAAUUUGACAAGGGUACAGGUACCGGUUAUGCCGCACGAUAUCUGUCAGCAUCUGUUGCCUCCGAAGCGACCCGUACAGCCGUUCCUGUGCGCUGGUGGCUUUGUCGGACGGGAUAUGUGUCUCGGUAACUUGACCGGAUCUCCCCUGGUGUGUCCCAUUCCGGGCUCGCCACACCACUACUUUCAGGCGGGCAUUGUCGGGUGGCCCAACGGGUGUGAUGAUAAUGGCACUCCCGGUAUAUUCCUCGAUUUGGCGUACUACCGUGACUGGAUUGAGUGGCGGUUAGUACGAAGUACUAUUCUAGAAACAAACAGUAUUGUUAUAUGUUCUUUCGGUGUAGCGCCAAGCAAGCCAUAAGUAUGAUGAGUACGCAAUUAAUUAUCAUAUAGCACGGGGCCCUACAUGCAACACGUGCUUUGGUGAUCGCGCUGGCUUAGUUCAAAUCUAACGCACUAUUGCACGCGUCCAUAAGAAACGCAGCACUUUUUAACGAUGUUUAUGAGUGAAAUAGUGAACAAAUGGGAAGAAUACAUAUUAUAGCC